UUACAUUUGAUUAGUUUCGCGCGCAUCUGUUACCUAUACUCGUUGUUGUAGGAUAAUAUGGCACAGUUGAGUUUGUUACAAAUGUUUAGCUAAGGACUGUAUGAUAGUUUUAUUAAUUGUUGUUCCUGCUUACUAUAGAUCCAUGGUGCAUUUGUUGUGCGUAGCUGAAGCCGCGAUUCGGGUUUUUAUUUAAGAAGCAUAGUUUCUACGGGCUGGUCAGCUUAAAGUGUACUGCGAAAUUUGCAAGUAAAACUUGCAUGGCUCGUCACACUCGCGGACGCUGUUGCUGCGCGGUAAUUCUGUUACAAGAAAAACUCUGAGAGACAUAAAAGGACCAUUCCAAUGCAAUAAUGCCGGAAAUUUUCUGUUUUUGCUUGGACGUAUAAUUGUUUUCUAAGCCGCGUAUCAUUACAACAUCCUGUAUGAUCAUCUCCUCGAUUCUACGAGUCUCUUCACAUUUUGGUUUUUCUAAAGGCGGCGUAAAUGUGCUGCAGAUGUAACGGCAACCCAUUGCUGGCCGGCCGCUCGUGUGUUUUGUCCAGACCAUCCGGGAGCGAACCUAAUCGAGGACUAUCGGGCAGGGGAUAUGAUAUGCCCACAGUGUGGGCUCGUUGUAGGGGACAGGAUUGUCGAUGUUGGCACAGAAUGGCGAGUAUUCCAGAACGAAAAGUCCUCGAACGAUCCGACUCGUGUUGGAGCUGCCGAAAAUCCGCUUCUCGGAGGAAGCGAUCUCAGCACAAUAAUCGGACGAGGAACAGGAGAUGCUUCGUUCGAUGAAUCUGGCAACGCGAAGUACGCAAACCGAAAAACAAUGAGUGCAUCGGAUCGAGCACUGAUUGGCGCUUUCCGAGAAAUAUCAGCUAUGGGCGAUCGCAUUAACCUACCAAAGACAAUAAUGGAUCGAAGUAAUUUGCUGUUUAAACAGGUUCACGAUGGCCGCAGUUUAAAAGGUCGCUCAAAUGACGCUAUCGCCUCAGCGUGCCUUUACAUUGCCUGUCGACAGGAAGGAGUACCUCGAACGUUUAAAGAGAUCUGCGCUGUUUCAAAGGUAUCAAAAAAGGAAAUUGGUCGGUGUUUUAAGCUAAUUCUAAAAGCUUUGGAAACCUCAGUGGAGCUAAUCACAACUGGCGAUUUCAUGUCCAGAUUUUGUUCCAAUCUCGCCUUACCCCCGUCGGUACAAAAGGCUGCGACACAUAUUGCCCGGAAAGCUGUUGAAAUGGAUAUCGUUGCCGGCAGGAGUCCAAUCUCUGUUGCUGCAGCCGCAAUAUAUAUGGCCUCGCAAGCGUCUGCUGAGAAGAAAUCACAAAAAGACAUCGGUGAUAUCGCCGGCGUGGCUGAAGUAACAAUCCGCCAGAGUUAUAAGCAAAUGUAUCCGAAAGCUGCCCAGCUUUUCCCUGAAGACUUUAAGUUCCACACACCGCUUGAACAGUUGCCCAUUAAUUAGAACGACUGAGCGACGUUUUCCGUUUGGAGGGAGGUUACUGCUACAAUUACAACUCACAUACGCGCGUGGAAGUUGUCGACUGAGACCGAAACGAAAGAAGAACGCAUGGAAAAGCGAACUUAAGUGGCACACAAAUGCCGCUGCUAGAUGAGGCUGAACAUAUGUUGAAUUAUGGCAUGAUCUUAUUGUAAAGGACAAGACACGAUUUUUUUUUACUGUAUCAAUAAGUAAGAUAAAUUAAAAGACAUAAUGCCUUUGUGCUGUCGAAGCCAGUGUAGUAUCCAGAGGAAGAUACGUUACACAAUUGUUGUCGGACAAAAGAAGGUAAAUGCAUUCGAUAUCCUCCUACCUAAUAACUACCUUUGGUUUGGCCUUACGAUCACAGCUCUAAUGUAGAGUGAUCUCGUAACAAUCUUUGGGAAGUAGCAUUUCGCUGUGAGAUAACGAAAUCAUUGGCCAAAUUUUUGUUUUCAGUACAAACAAAAAAAAAAGUGAUUCGACUUGACUUGAUCUCUCCCGAGUUAUAUUUGAAUUAACUGAAAUUCGUAUGCAUAUGAACCUGCGGUAGUUCCGAUUUGUAUGUGUCCCGAGGGACACAUUUAUAUAUGCCCCGUGUAUUUGUAGUAAAGUAGUGACGGUCUGAUUAACAGAACGAUAUCUUUGCUGCUAUAAAUGAUUUUUCGUCUAAAUGAGCACUAAACUGUACACUGAACUAUAUUUGGAUAUAUAAUAAAUAAUAAAAACACACUGAAUGAUGUUAUAAAAUAUUAUUUAAAUAUGAAAUAAAAGUGUGGUGUGUACUUUCACUGAGCAAAUGUUUUCAUCAAGUCUGUGAAAAGAGGACCUUAUUUAUUCAAAGAUAUAACUGAACUGCUGGCGUCCUUAGAUGAGACAGAGAGAGAGAAAUUAAGCGAUGAAUUGGUAUUGUUGUUGAGAACGAAUCGCACGUCCACCUUAAGGGCGAGCAACCGGCACAGAUACUUCGGAACCUGCUGAGCGCGAUUGCUUUACAGACUUUUUUGAAUCUAUUUUUUUCGUUACAUAUUUUUAAGAAAGCGUACUUUGCAUUUGAUUGUCAAGAAUGACAUUGUUUGGCGGCGAGCCUUUUUAAUUUCGAAGAAGUUCUCUAGAAUCCGCAAAUAGAUAAUUUUGGGGACAUGAUGGGAGAAAAUCUUUUUACCACUGAGUAAUUUCUUAGCCAAGUCUGCUUAGGUCAAAGGGUGCAUAUCUUUGACACACUAAGUAUGAACACGGCUUGACACUGUUUUGGCAGGUAGACACAGUUACUGCACGAAGUUCACACAUGAUGUCACAGAUGUUUUUGUGCAGUUCUUUUUCAGAGAAACAAAACCUCAACAUCAAGACACGUGGCCUGUGCGUCACUCAAGCCGUUUUAUCGCAAGUUCCAUCAUGCAGUUGUUCUGAAGCACUAUUCGGCUUCAACUAUGGUAGCUGAACGACUGUCGCAGGGCGCGUUACUGUGCAAUCGGUAGUUGUGUUGUCGGUAGAGAGAUUGUCGACACGCAAUUUAAUACGACACGGAAAAGCUUUAUGAAUAAAGGCACCCACAAGAAUAAUAUUGCCUCAACAGCUCUGUGGCGCGUUCCGCGCCGCACAAAACUUAGCUUACUAAUGCGAUCAUGCGCUGCUAUGUUGAAAUAUGCUAGGAAAUUAACCGUCAAGCAACGUCGCGAAUGUUUUGUAGCACUUGGGACAGCAUGCAUAAAUGACUGUGGAAUCCGAUAUGUGACUGACCUGUAGUUGUGUAACCCCGGUUAAUUCCGUAACACGGGAAGAUUUUGACUCACAAGAUAAUAAUCAGUAAGGGAUGAAAUGCUCACCAACUUGAUAGAAAGCUAUCGAUUUGGUGGGCACUUAUUCUCUUACUGAUUAUUGUAUCUAGUCGUGAGUACGAGGCAGUGAUAGCUUGGAUCGAGUUAUUUACUACUCAAAAAUUAUCGAACAAGUUGUGACGUCUCGUAUUGCAAUUUGUGUCUCUUCAGUCGAUAACGUGUUUGCCUGCUUAACUUAAAAACAGCUGGUGGUCUAGGUUCGGAUUUGGUUAUAGACACACUUUGUCUCGUGCUGAAAAGCAGCAGUCUAAGGAAAUGCGCAAUACUAUAAGACUGGACAUAAAACACGUAGAAACAUACAUCGCAUUUCUGUGCAGUGUGUACAAUAGGUCUUCAUAGACACAUAUUAAAAGAAAAUGUUGUUAUUGUGAUGUCUUAAGAAGGUCUAUGAUAAAUUACCGGGUAUAUGUCAGCCCAGUCGACGAGAGAUAAAUUGGACAUAGCACGGUUUCUCUUUAAGAUCCGCGCACGGUCCUUCCAGAAUUUCUAGCUAUUGAGAAGGGAAGUUUAUUAAUCAUAUGACGAUAACAUGUACAGGUAUGAGAUUUUUAUUUGCAUUAUCAACAUAUAUGUGUGAGGCACCCAAGCAGCUUUUUCUACUAAGCACAGCUACAGUCAAAACAUUUUUUAACGAAAUAGUUUUUGGGAAUGUUUUAAUACAAAUACAAAAUACAAUAAUGGGAUGUUGGUUUUAAUACAAGCACCAGACAUGGAGAGAGCAAAUUGCUCCAUCCUUGUAAAACUGGCAUUAAUUUCUAUCAAUCGUCCAAUUUAAUACGAUAGGGCAUAACACGAUAAUAGCAAAGGACAACAAAGUACAACAAGCAUCGAUUUUACAUGGCGCGAGAACCUCGGGCCUAUUUUUUCACAUAACUAAUUGCCUAUGAUUUGCCUAAAAUGGCUUCGAAAUUGGUUAUUGGAGAGUUAAUUAAUAUUUAAAUCAGGUCUUGAUACCUAGGCGACUAGAUUAGAUUUAAUAUUUAUAACAACUUUUUUUCCGGCUGGCCAUGAGAAAUUAAGGCGUAGGGUUGAAAAUCAAACUAAAGCAAUAAGCCUUGUUUAAAAGUCCCAGUAAGGCAUCAAUAUUUACAUACAGAAGCAUAUAUAAUCAUCGUAUGAAUAAAUACAAGUUAUUAUUUCGGUUGUAAUGCGAAGUGCCCAUUGUCUUUAUUGAUUUCCAGUGACUAUGCCAGUGACUGCGGCAGAGUUCUUCGCUUCCCUAGCUGUAACCGU